AUGGACGAGCACCUCAGCCUCCUGCGCUCGCCGCCGCUGCCGCCCUCAGCCCGCCACCGCGCCCACCCGCCGCAGCACCCCGCGAGCGGCGGCGGUGGCGCCCACACGCUGGUGAACCCCGGCUACGCAGAACCCGCCGCGGGCCCCGAGCUGCCGCCGGACAUGACGGUGGUGCCCGGGGACCACCUGCUGGAGCCGGAGGCGACCGACGGCGGCGGGGACCCGCCUCAGGGCGGCUGCGGUGGCGGCGGCGGCUGCGACCGCUACGAGCCGCUGCCGCCCGCGCUGCCCGCCGCCGGCGAGCAGGACUGCUGCGGGGAGCGCGUGGUCAUCAACAUCUCGGGGCUGCGCUUCGAGACUCAGCUCAAGACCCUCUGCCAGUUCCCAGAGACUCUGCUGGGCGACCCCAAGCGGCGCAUGAGGUACUUCGACCCGCUCCGCAAUGAGUACUUCUUCGACCGCAACCGGCCCAGCUUCGACGCCAUCCUCUACUACUAUCAGUCCGGGGGCCGAAUCCGCCGGCCUGUCAAUGUGCCCAUCGACAUCUUCUCCGAGGAGAUUCGCUUCUACCAGCUGGGCGAGGAGGCCAUGGAGAAGUUCCGCGAGGACGAGGGCUUCCUGCGGGAGGAGGAGCGGCCCCUGCCCCGCCGAGAUUUCCAGCGCCAGGUGUGGCUGCUCUUCGAGUACCCGGAGAGCUCCGGGCCGGCCCGGGGCAUCGCUAUCGUGUCCGUGCUCGUCAUCCUCAUCUCCAUCGUCAUCUUCUGCCUGGAGACGCUGCCCGAGUUCCGCGAUGAGAAGUACUACACCGCCUCGCCGUCGCAGGAGCUGUUCGAGACGGCCAGCAACAGCACGUCGGGGGCCCCCGCGGGAGCCUCCAGCUUCUCGGAUCCCUUCUUCGUGGUGGAGACUCUGUGCAUCAUCUGGUUCUCCUUUGAGCUGCUGGUGCGGUUCUUCACUUGCCCCAGCAAAGCCACCUUCUCGCGAAAUAUCAUGAACCUGAUAGACAUUGUGGCCAUCAUCCCUUAUUUCAUCACUCUGGGCACCGAGCUGGCUGAACGACAAGGCAAUGGACAGCAAGCCAUGUCCCUGGCCAUCCUGAGGGUCAUCCGCCUGGUGAGGGUCUUCCGCAUCUUCAAGCUCUCCCGCCACUCCAAGGGGCUGCAGAUCCUGGGGCAGACGCUGAAGGCUUCCAUGCGGGAAUUGGGGCUGCUCAUCUUUUUCCUCUUUAUUGGGGUCAUCCUUUUCUCCAGCGCGGUCUAUUUUGCGGAGGCAGACGACCCCACUUCAGGUUUUAGCAGUAUCCCUGAUGCCUUCUGGUGGGCUGUGGUAACCAUGACGACCGUAGGUUACGGUGACAUGCACCCAGUGACCAUAGGGGGCAAGAUUGUGGGGUCACUCUGUGCCAUCGCUGGUGUCUUGACCAUUGCUUUGCCAGUCCCUGUGAUUGUUUCCAACUUCAAUUACUUCUACCACCGAGAGACAGAAGGGGAAGAGCAAGCCCAGUACUUGCACGUGGGAAGUUGCCAGCACCUCUCCCCUUCAGCCGAGGAGCUCCGGAAAGCGAGGAGUAACUCGACUCUAAGUAAGUCGGAGUAUAUGGUGAUCGAAGAGGGGGGUAUGAACCAUAGCGCUUUCCCCCAGACCCCCUUCAAAACGGGCAAUUCCACGGCCACCUGCACCACGAACAAUAAUCCCAACUCCUGUGUCAACAUCAAAAAGAUAUUUACUGAUGUUUAAUAUAUGAAACAAGUGACAUGCUGUGCCCAGUAUUGUGUGGAACGUGCCCUCUUGGUCUGUGUAUGCCCUUGUUUUAUACAUUUCCAGACCAUUCAUCAAGGAAAGGACAUGAAGAAGUGGAAAGCACACUUCAUUCUCCCUCUCCCUACUGCUUCAUACUGAAACAGGUGUCUGUUUUGCAAGUGGGCUGCAUUCUCUCAGCUCUCCUUUUUUUUUUCUGUCUCCCUCUCUUAAUAUUUC